AUGGCUUUCUUUGGCUUCGAUACCACCCUGCCCAGGGACCGCGAUAGUUCCGGGGCCAGGGGGUUCUUCGAAAAUCCAGAUCCCUUCGCGGACAUUGCCCGAGCUAAUGCGCUGGAGGAUGACGACGUCAUUGACUUCGAGGAUACCUACGAUGGUUUAGGAGACCAGCUUCCCGACGACCAGGAUGAGUUCAACGAUGACACGUUUGGCGGAAGUGGCGCCGACACCUCGGUUGGAAGAGACUUUGAUUUCUUUGGAAAGACUGCUCAGGUUUCCGACGCUAUUGGCGAAGAACAGAUUCGCUACAGCCUACAGAAUCCCAAUGCAGCUCGAGUCGCUCCCCAGCCCGCGGCCCAACCCGUUCAACCCGCUGCCACACAGACCACCAAGCGCUCCGGCUACGAGAAGUACUCGGAUCCUGGAUAUAUUCCAGAUUUGCAAGCCAAAUCUAGUGUGUGGGGUGUCUCGCAGAAGAAGGUUGAACCUGCUGUUGUGGUUCCUGCCCCGAGUCGGAAGAUGAUGAGCUUGGAAGAGGUUGAGGCGCAGAUGCGUCACCAUGGCCACAAUACCGCGACUCCAGCCGCAGAAGCCUUUAUGAGUACCCCCCCUCAACCCCAGCACCUUCAGAACCUUCCGGAUGGAUUCGCUCCAGUGCCUCCGGAGUUCCUCCAUGCACAGAUGAAGCAAGGUCACCUACCCCCGCAAAUGCAGCACCCACCGCCUGGCAUGCCAGAGCUCUAUGGUGGCCCUGGACAUAUUCCUCCUAGCGGGCCGCUGCAUAUGAUGCAGAAUGCCAAUCUUCCUCCGCAAAAUAUGCCGCCGCCUGGCCCACGUCAUGCCGGUCCAUCACAGGGCCAGCCCCAGGGCCAGCGCUCUCAGCAUCCCCAGCAGGUGCAACCUUCUCAGCAUCAACAACUGCCACCCCACAACCGGGGCUCCAAUAACGGAAUGCCGGUGAUCACCAACCCGCAGCAAUUGAUGCACCUGACGGAAGAGCAGCGCAAUGCUUAUUUGGUGGAAGAUGCCAAGCGGGCGAAGCGCAACCACAAAAUCUUCCUCUUGUCUCGAGGCAACGGUCUGAUGACACCCCAGGACAAGAACUUCAUUACUCGGAUUCAGUUGCAACAGCUAGUUGCUGCUGCUGGAAAUGUCGCAGAUUCGGACCCUGAGGCCGUGUUGGCGGAAGACUUCUACUACCAAGUCUACAGCCAGAUUCGGGGUGCCCCACGCCAACAUCCCCACCAGCCUCUGGGUCACUUCGCCCAAACAUAUCUCCUCCAGACAGGUAACCGGCUUGGCGGACAUCGCCGUGGCAAUUUCCAGAGUGCCGAUAACCACAUGCAGCGAAUGCAGCAGCAGGUCCAGCGCGCAGUUGAGGCUGCAAAGGCCAAGCCUAAAAACAAGCAGCUCAUCAUCGAAGGCAGCUUGGGCAAGAUCUCAUUCAGCAAUGCCAAGGCGCCUAAGCCGAUGCUGAACAUAAAACGCCCUGACAGCUCAGAGGGACCCAAACCCAAGAAGUUGCAGUCGGAUCUCAGUCUCAGUGACCGCAAAUCAAUUCUUACCAACCUCGAGGGGGUUUACAGUGCAUUGAUGGCUAUGGAAGACAUGGAGCGCACGAUGCCACCACCCCCUGAAGAGGGAGACGCUGAGGCAAUUCAAGAACACCUAGAGUGGAGACAGAAGCUUCACUCGCUCAAUCAAAAGCUGUGGCGGUCAUUGAAGGUCAUGGAACCUAUUGUGCCUAACUCAACGACACCACACCCGUUCAUCGCAUUCCUGUCAUACCCCAAGGGCAAGAAGGCUAUUCCUCGCAUCUUCCGUCAUAUUGACCAAGAACAGCGUGUCACUAUCCUCACUAUGAUUGUCGUUCAUCUGGAUAGCUUGGAUGUUGUUCGUCUCGCCCAACCUGUGCCGGGUGAGGCCCAGCCGUCGCUCGGUGUACGUGAGGCAAUUGAUCUGUUCUCACUGGCCGUCAUGCCCUGCCUGUUAGGAUACGUGAAUGAGGCGCCAUUCAAUAUCAUCAUUGGUCUUUUGGGAUUGGUUAUCAACCAGACCCAUGUGCAGACAGUGGCUCGUACCAAGGUCGGGCUGGGCAUUUUGACCAUGUUGCUCAGCCGUGCGGAGAUUGUUAAGGAGGCCGGUCAAGCUUCCGAGCACGAUUGGCAGCAGUGGGUGGAGAAGUUCAACGUGCUGUUCGAUACGUUGGAACUCGGGUUGAACGACAUUUUCCCCGGCUCGAUUAGUUCCGGUGACGACAUGUAUGUGUGGCAGUUCCUCGCCGCCGUGGGCAUUGGUGCUAGUCCCGAGCAGCAGCAGCGCUUGGUCAUUGCCGUUAAGGAUCGCGUUAUGGAAACCGUGGGCUACAGCAAGACUCUCCCUGCCGAUAUGGGCAGCCAGCGUCUGAGCAAUGUUAACCUGUUCAUGCGGGCCAUCGGGCUGGAUGUUGAGCUCCUUGGUUAA